AUGGCAGAUAUAGUUCCACCUGCAGAUUCUGGAAGCACUCCUAGUACCUCGAUUGAUACACUCACAGAGCAGUUUCAGAAGUUCAUUGCCUCGCAGCCACACGCCAUGAUUCAUCUCUCUUUAUUAGGGAUAGAAGUAGCUUACUCUCCUCGUGGCUAUCUUCUUUCUCAAUCUAAGUACAUUGCUGAUAUUCUCGAUCAGGCUCAUCUCUCUGAUGCUCGCACUGUUGAUACCCCUCUUGAGCUUAAUUUCAGGUAUUCUUCAUCUGAUGGUGUUGCCUUGUCAGAUCCCUCUCUAUAUCGCACUCUGGUUGGUAGCUUAGUGUACCUUACUAUCACCAGGCCAGACAUCGCUUAUGCAGUUCACAUUGUCAGUCAGUUUGUUGCAUCUCCCACUACCGUUCAUUGGGCAGCUGUGCUUCGUAUUCUUCGAUAUCUUCGGGGAACUCAAUUUUAG